GUUUACCAAAUGUAAACAAACAACAAAUAUUUUUGGUGAAAUUGUGAAAGAAGCCUCUACAAAACUAGAUUUUAUUCAAUAUUAACGGUAUUUUUCAUUAUACAAUACAGCAGCCAACAUAAGUCCAUUACGAAAUAAAAUGACUUUAACAAAAACCGUAGAUCAAAUGACGAUUUUAAGUGGAGAUAGAUCCAAACUUAAAGAUUUACUUUGCAAUCGUUUGGCUGAAUGUGGUUGGCGUGAUGAGGUGCGUCUAAUGUGCCGCACCAUUAUCAAAGACAAAGGCAACAAUGUCAAAGUGGAACAACUAAUAACCGAAGUUACACCUAAAGCACGAGCCAUUGUACCAGAUGCUGUCAAAAAAGAAUUACUCAUGAAAAUCAAGGCCAUAUUAGCUGCCCAAGAGGGCAUAGACUUGUAGCAUAAUUUAUAACUUAACUAUUGUAUACAAAAAAUAAAUUAAACAAUUAUUUUCUUUUAAAAAAAUGUCCAUUAAAUAAAUUUAUUUAAGACACUGAA